ACUCUGCCCGGGACCAUGUCCACCGUGUUAGCUCAGUCGCUACAUGUUUUUGGUCUUCGAGCUCACGUGACCAACAAUAUUUUCUACUUUGAUGAACAGACUAUUAUAUUUCCUUCAGGAAAUCACUGUGUGAAGUACAAUGUGGAUCAGAAAUGGCAAAAAUUCAUUCCAGGCUCAGAAAAGAGUCAGGGCAUGUUGGCCUUGGCCAUCAGUCCCAAUCGACGAUACCUCGCUAUCUCCGAGACUGUGCAAGAAAAACCUGUCAUCACCAUUUAUGAACUGUCUGCUAUCCCUUGUCGGAAGCGCAAAAUCCUUAAUAAUUUUGACUUCCCAGUUCAGAAAUUUAUUAGCAUGGCUUUUUCUCCAGACUCCAAAUAUCUGUUGGCUCAAACAUCAACUCCAGAGUCAAACCUUGUCUAUUGGUUAUGGGAAAAACAGAAAGUAAUGGCCAUUGUUAGAACUGACACUCAGAACAAUGCUAUCUACCAGGUGAGCUUUAAUCCCCAGGAUAACACUCAAGUUUGUGUCACUGGAAAUGGGAUUUUAAAACUUCUCCGUUUUGCUGAGGGAACCCUGAAGCAAACCAAUUUUCAGAGGGGAGAACCCCAAAACUAUCUGUCUCAUGCAUGGGUGUCUGAUGACAAGAUUGUCGUUGGCACUAAUACAGGCAGACUCUUCCUCUUUGAAUCCGGAGAUCAACGCUGGGAGACAAAUAUAAUGAUGAAGGAGCACAGCAGUGAUACGAAGCCCCUGGAUGUGAUCCACGAAUCGGAGAGCCUGAUAGAAUUUCCACCACCCAGUUCCCCAGUCCCUUCCUUUGAACAGUUGACACCGGCCAACAGCCACACCCAGCUGACGCUGCCCCAGGUGUUUGCCAUUGCAGCCUAUUCAAAGGGAUUUGCCUGUUCUGCUGGUCAAGGGAGAGUUCUGCUGUUUGAGAAAGUAGAAGACAAGGAUUUUUACCGUGAAAGCAGGGAAAUCCGGGUUCCUGUGGACCCGCAGAGCAAUGACCCGAGUCAGUCUGACAAACAGGAAAUUCUCUGCUUGUGCUUCAGCCCCUCAGAGGAAACUCUAAUUGCCAGCACCAGUAAGAACCAAUUGUACAUCAUCGCCAUGUCACUGACAGAGAUCAGCAAGGGGGAACCUGCUCACUUUGAAUAUCUGAUGUACCCAUUACACUCUGCAUCCAUCACUGGUCUCGCUACCUGCAUCCGCAAACCUCUUGUUGCCACCUGUUCUCUGGAUCGAUCUGUUCGCAUCUGGAAUUAUGAAACAAACACUCUGGAACUAUAUAAGGAAUACCAAGAAGAGGCAUAUACCAUCAGCCUGCACCCAUCUGGACACUUCAUUGUAGUAGGGUUUGCCGACAAACUACGCAUUAUGAAUCUACUCAUUGAUGAUAUACGUUCUUUCAAAGAAUACUCUGUCAGAGGAUGCAGAGAGUGUUGCUUUAGCCAUGGAGGUCACCUGUUUGCUGCAGUUAAUGGAAAUGUGAUCCACAUUUAUACCACCACAAGCCUGGAGAACAUCUCAAACCUGAAAGGGCACACAGGGAAGAUUCGUUCAAUUGUAUGGAACACAGAUGACAGCAGGCUGAUUUCUGGUGGCACAGAUGGUGCUGUGUAUGAAUGGAAUCUGACCACAGGAAAAAGAGAGACAGAAUGUGUGCUCAAGUCCUGCAGCUAUAACUGCGUUAACAUCACCCCUGAUGCCAAAAUUAUCUUUGCUGUUGGAUCAGACCAGACCCUCAAGGAGAUUACAGAUUCUUCGAUCCUUCGAGAGAUGUCAGCGUUUGACGUCAUCUACACAGCCAUUGUCAUCUCACAUUCUGGGCGCAUGAUGUUUGUGGGCACCUCAAUGGGAACCAUUCGUGCAAUGAAGUACCCUCUGCCUUUGCAGAAAGAAUUCAAUGAGUACCAGGCACAUGCUGCUCCUAUCACCAAGAUGUUGAUCACCUUUGAUGACCAAUACCUGCUGACUGCUGCUGAGGAUGGCUGCCUAUUCACCUGGAAAGUCUUUGAUAAGGAUGGGCGGGGAAUCAAGCGAGAGAGGGAAGUGGGCUUUGCCGAAGAGGUGCUUGUUACCAAAACAGACAUGGAAGAAAAGGCUCAGAUUAUGUUAGAGCUGAAGACUCGUGUGGAAGAAUUAAAAAUGGAGAAUGAGUAUCAACUUCGACUAAAGGAUAUGAACUAUUCUGAGAAGAUUAAGGAGCUAACCGACAAGUUCAUCCAGGAAAUGGAGUCCUUGAAAACAAAAAACCAGGUUUUAAAGAUAGAAAAAGAAAAGCAGGAUGUAUUGCAUCGUGAACACAUGGACACCCUCCUGGGAAAGCAAAGCCGGGAACUGCAGGACCUGGUGGUGAGCAUGUUACAUGAGGCUUCUAUCCGUGGGGAACUUAAAUCUAGUGGAAGAGACAAUCAAGCACAGGAAGAUGUCAGGAAGCAGCUGCGGGAGUUUGAAGAGACCAAGAAACAGAUUGAAGAAGAUGAAGACCGAGAAAUCCAAGAUAUCAAAACCAAGUAUGAGAAGAAGCUUCGGGAUGAAAAGGAAUCAAACCUGCGGCUCAAGGGAGAAACAGGGAUCAUGAGGAAAAAGUUCAGCAGCCUGCAGAAGGAGAUUGAAGAGCGAACCAAUGACAUUGAGCUCCUGAAGGGAGAGCAGGUAAAGCUGCAAGGAGUCAUUAAGUCCCUGGAAAAGGACAUUCAGGGCCUGAAGCGGGAGAUCCAGGAAAGAGACGAGACAAUUCAAGAUAAGGAGAAGCGAAUUUAUGAUCUGAAAAAGAAAAACCAGGAACUUGAGAAAUUCAAGUUUGUCCUCGACUACAAAAUAAAGGAGUUGAAAAAGCAAAUAGAACCUCGUGAGAAUGAAAUCAAAGUGAUGAAGGAACAGAUUCAGGAGAUGGAAGCUGAGCUGGAGCGUUUCCAUAAGCAGAAUACGCAACUGGAGCUGAACAUCGCAAAAUUGUGGCAGAAAUUAAGAGCCACUGAUCAAGAGAUGCGCAAAGAGAAACAGAAGGAGCGGGACUUGGAAGCUCUGGUUAAACGGUUUAAGACGGACCUGCACAACUGCGUGGCAUACAUCCAGGAGCCCCGGCUGCUGAAGGAGAAGGUCCGAGGUCUUUUUGAGAAGUAUGUGCAGCGUGCAGAUAUGGUAGAGAUCGCAGGACUGAACACAGACCUGCAGCAGGAGUAUGCCCGGCAGCGAGAGCAUCUGGAGAGGAACCUGGCCACGCUCAAGAAGAAGGUGGUCAAGGAGAGUGAGCUGCACCGCACCGACUACGUCCGCAUCAUGCAGGAAAAUGUCUCCCUGAUCAAGGAGAUUAAUGAGCUCCGCAGGGAGCUGAAGCUCACCCGCUCCCAAGUCUAUGACCUUGAAGCAGCCCUGAAAUUGGCCAAGAAAAUCCGACCACAAGAGGCUCCAGAGACAGAACCCAGCAAGGACAUACCUGGCGCCGCUCCUCCUACCGUACGACUGAGUGAGCAAGAAGAGACUGGGAGAAUCAUUGAAAUGCAGCGCCUGGAGAUCCAGCGUCUCCGAGACCAGAUCCAGGAGCAAGAACAGGUCCCGGGGUUGCACCCUGUCGCCGCAGUUCGGCUUCCUUCCCUCCUCGAAUCAGAGGUGAACUUCGAGGUGAACUAA